UGGAAGAGCAUCAGUUCCAACGUUUUCUUUGUAUAGCAAAGAAGUCUCCUCCUUUUCGAACAGACCACAACUCAUCGGAACGAAAUGAAACUCUUCGUUGUAGUCACUCUUGCGUUGGUCGCCAUUGCUUCAGCUGAUGUCAGCCAUUUGUCGAGAUCAUACCUGCCACCUAGUCAUGGCGGACUCAGUCACGGACACGGUCACGGCCACAGCCAUGGUCCCGCACCGGCUCCAAUAACUGAAUAUUUGCCACCCUCUUCCAAUUAUGGUGGUCCAUCCUACUCUUCGGGUGGUGCUGGUGGUUCAUACUCUUCGGGUGGUGCUGGCGGCUCUUACUCCUCAGGUGGUGCUGGAGGUUCAUACUCUUCAGGUGGUGCUACUCGUCCAUCCAACGAAUACUUGCCACCUGUGCAAAGCUACUCACCACCUGCUCCAGUCUACUCCGCUCCAGCUCCAGCUCCAGUAUACUCUGCUCCAUCAUACUACUCAGGCGGUAGCGGUGGUGGAUACUCCAGCGGUGGUUCAGCUGGUCCAAGCUAUUCAUCAGGCGGUUCUUACUCAUCUGGUGGCUCUGCUGGUUUCUCUGGCGGUUCUGCUGGUGGUUCUUACUCCAGUGGUGGUUCUGGAUACUCUGCUCCAUCCGAGGAAUACUUGCCUCCUGUACAAAGCUAUUCACCACCUGCUCCAGUCUACUCUGCUCCCGCUCCAGCUCCAGUCUACUCUGGUCCAUCUUACUCUUCAGGCGGUAGCGGAGGCGGAUUCUCGAGCGGCGGUGCUGGCGGUUUCUCAAGCGGCGGUGCCGGUGGUGCUGGAGGUUACUCAUAUGGUGGAGCUAGCGGUGUCGGUGGUUACUCAAGUGGAGGCGCUGGCGGUUACUCCAGCGGCGGUGCCGGUGGGUAUUCUAACGGCGGUGCUGGCGGUUUCUCAAGCGGCGGUGCCGGUGGUGCUGGAGGUUACUCAUAUGGUGGAGCUAGCGGUGCCGGUGGUUACUCAAGCGGCGGAGCUGGUGGAUACUCAAGUGGCGGCGCUGGUGGUUACUCAAGUGGCGCUGCCGGUGGUUACUCCAGCGGCGGUGCUGGUGGUGCCGGUGGCUCUUACUAUAGCGGCGGCGCUGGCGGUUACUCUAGCGGUCGUCCUUCUGGCCCCUCAUACUCUGGCGGCAGUGCUGGCACCCAGUAUGGCUCCAACGGUGGCUACGUCUACAGAAGAAAGUAAAUCGCUUGAAACUGCGAUUCGUCGAAUCGUUUUUGUAUAUAGAAUACCUUGGCAAUAUUUUGUUUAUUGUUGAAUUGCCCUAGGUACAUCAUACUUAAACCAUGAAAACACUUUGUACUACCUCAUUCACUUUGAAUAGCUUAAAUAGUGUAGAUAGUUUUUGUUAUUGCAAUAAAAUAAAUUUUUGUUUUAAAAAAUUAA